AUGGGAUAUCAAUUGAGUGCAACACUUAAAGGGCACGAUCAGGACGUCAGGGAUGUGGUAGCUGUGGAUGAUUCAAAGGUUGCUAGUGUUUCGAGGGAUGGAACAGUUCGCUUGUGGUCUAAAGAUGACCAAUGGCUCGGUACGGUAGUUUAUACAGGACAAGGAUUUUUAAAUAGUGUGUGUUAUGAUUCCGAGAAGGAGUUGUUGCUUUUUGGAGGUAAGGAUACUAUGAUCAACGGUGUGCCCUUGUUUGCCACCUCAGGAGAGGAUCCCUUGUAUACCUUGAUUGGCCACCAAGGGAACGUUUGUAGUUUAUCCUUCCAAGAUGGUGUUGUGAUAAGCGGUAGUUGGGACAAAACCGCAAAGGUUUGGAAAGAAGGAUCGUUGGUUUACAAUUUGCAAGCACACAAUGCCUCUGUAUGGGAUGCCAAAGUCGUAUCCUUCUCAGAAAAUAAAUUCUUGACAGCUUCCGCCGAUAAGACGAUUAAACUGUGGCAAAACGAUAAAGUGAUCAAAACUUUCAGUGGGAUUCACAAUGAUGUAGUAAGACAUUUAGCUGUGGUGGAUGAUGGCCAUUUUAUCAGUUGUUCAAACGAUGGCCUCAUCAAGUUGGUUGAUAUGCAUACAGGUGACGUACUAAGAACAUAUGAAGGCCAUGAAAGCUUUGUUUAUUGCAUUAAACUGCUGCCCAAUGGAGAUAUUGUAAGCUGCGGCGAAGACCGAACAGUCCGUAUAUGGUCAAAGGAAAAUGGUUCGUUAAAGCAGGUAAUUACACUUCCUGCCAUCUCUAUUUGGUCCGUUGAUUGUAUGUCUAAUGGUGAUAUUAUUGUGGGAAGUAGUGAUAAUCUUGUGAGAAUAUUUUCGCAAGAGAAGUCAAGAUGGGCUUCCGAGGAUGAAAUAAAUGAACUAUCUACGCAAGUGGAAAAAUCCACUAUAAGUUCCAAGACAAUAGAAUUUGAUGAGUCUAAACUAUCACCUUAUGAAAUUUUACAAUCGCCGGGGCGCAAAGAGGGUCAAAUUGUGGUAGUCAAAUCACCUCAAGGUACUAUAGAAGCUCAUCAAUUUUCAAAUUCUUCAUGGAAAAAGGUUGGUGAUGUUGUCGGUGCAGGUGCUACUGGAAACGACAAAAAAAUAGAAUUCGAGGGUAAAACGUAUGACUACGUAUUUGAUGUGGAUAUUGAAGAUGGAAAACCUCCCUUGAAAUUGCCGAUUAAUGUCAGCGACAACCCAUAUACAGCAGCCGACAAUUUUUUGGCUCGUUAUGAACUGCCAAUGAGUUAUAGGGAUCAAGUAGUACAGUUCAUACUGAAGAACACUAAUGGCAUAUCGCUAGACCAGCCCAACGAUAAUGCAUCAUCUUCUGCAGUAUCACCUUCAAAAACGAGCGUAAUGAAGGUUCUUCCUGUCAAGCAGUAUCUUAUCAUGGAAAAUUAUAACCCAGAUACUAUUUUCAAUGGAAUAGUAAAAAUAAAUUCAAAUGAGAAGACCUUUGAUGAUGAAAUUCUGGCGCAAAUUGGUGGCGCACUACAUGACAUAGAUGAAAGCUGGGAGUUGCUACUUUCAUUUGCUAACACUAUAAGAUCUAACUGGGAAAUUAAGACUCCUGCAUACGACAUAGUACGAUUGAUUGUAAAAAAAUUACCUUAUUCUUCAGAUAUAAAAGAUUACAUCGAAGAAGGCUUGGGCAAUAAGAAUAUCACUCUAACCAUGUUAACUGUGCGUAUUUUGGUAAAUUGCUUCAAUAAUGAAAACUGGGGUGUGAAAUUACUGGAAUCAAAUCAAGUUUAUAAAUCAAUUUUUGAGACUAUAGAUACUGAAUUUUCUCAGGCAUCUGCUAAACAGUCACAGAAUUUGGCUAUUGCAGUUUCCACACUAAUUUUCAACUAUUCAGCUCUCGUCACGAAAGGGAACUCUGAUUUAGAACUUUUGCCUAUCGUAGCUGACGCCAUCAACACCAAGUAUGGGCCAUUGGAAGAGUAUCAAGAAUGCGAAGAAGCCGCAUAUAGGCUAACCGUAGCUUACGGAAAUUUGGCUACUGUUGAACCUACAUUAAGACAAUUUGCCAACUCCGUAACUUGGCUUGCAAACAUCAAAAGGAGCUAUGGGAACGUGCCAAGGUUUAAGGAUAUUUUCGACGAUCUCUCCUAA